UAUAACCAAGCACAGCUGAGGAAUCACACACACACCACGCCACAUGGACACCAGAAGAUCCAACCGAGGCGCCGGACCGCCUCCCAAGAAUGGCCGCAAGGAUAACAAAGACGAGGACCUUCUCCUCUUCCGGGAAUUGCAUCGCCGCGAGAAGGACCGCGCCAUGAACCUCCUCCUGCCUGUUUCCGAUGAGUUCGAGCCCAACGGGAUUCCAGGUACGCCACCGUCCCGCUCCGUGGACAGUUGGUCUUGUUUCUCUGUGUACACUGUGAAUUAUACACUUCUCCGGCUCGAUCUCGAUACAGGUAACUAUCCUCUACCUACCUACAAAGCCGGGUCGGGUAGAAACGAAUUCCUCACCGAGAAUGACAAGAAUGAUUACGACUGGUUGAAGACCCCUCCAGCAACUCCUCUAUUCCCAUCCCUGGAGAUGGAAGCUAACGCUGGGGACUACCCGAUGCAGCGGGAAAUACCGAUUCUGCAGCCUCUUUCGCGGUUUGCAGGAGCCGCGGGCGGGAGAGAAGCAACCAACGGAACCCAGAAGUCUCCACGAAAUAUGCUGAAGACGCCUCCGGCAUCUGCAUCAGUAACCCAAAAGAACAGUCUCUCUUCAUCUGAUCGCACUAAUCGUUCUCCAUCCUUAUUUAUUCUGAAUCAGAAGAUGGCUCAAGAGCUGGUACUUGCCAAAAAGACGGAGGCAGCUCCCAACGCUUCAAAGCGUGCCAGUGCGAGCCACAGAUUCGGUCGUUUCAGCUGCGUUACCAAAUCCACGGGAGCAGACCUUAAUUCAAUUAGGCCGAGCAGUAUCAACAAUAAGAGAGGCAUGUCGCCACUAACAAGGUCGACGAUACCCGCCCAGUUUCCGGGUUUCUCCAACGAAACUCCCUCUAAUCUUAGAAAAGAUCGCCCGGCAUCUACUUCACGUGGCCGGCCAAGCAAUAAUUUGAAACCAUCCGUAACUCCUCAACCACCGGAACCCUCUGCAGCACAAAGGAGACAAUCAUGCUCGCCAAGUGUGACCCGGGGUCGGAAACUGGAACCCAAAUCUGGAAACGUCACAGGGAUCACGGCACCAUCGUUGCAGCCUCAUCAGAGGGGCACCAGUCAAACAAGGCAGGGUUCACAAGUAUUACUAGGGAGCAGAAUGGUGGAAAAAGUAUUGAAUGCUCGAAAAGCAGGCAAGCCUGCAGGACCAAAUGCUGGUUUCCCAUGAACCGAGUGGCUGUUCAUGCUCUGCCCCCAACAAGGUUUGACACUUGAGGUUCAGUAGAAGGGACACAACCCCUCAAACCAACAGAAAAACAAAGCAGGUUUUGGACUGUAUCCUGCCAUCAAUGUCGCAGACUCGAUUUACCAAUGAUAUUACCUCGGUACGAUUUGUCGUUUUGAUUACGAGAACGAAGAGUGAUUAAUAUGAAAAUGUGGACACUCCUAGUACCCCCUAUUUUUGUUUCGGUUCUGAAACAUAAGAGGAUGAACACUCGUAUACCAUCCACUUCGUUUCGGUAGUCCUUAUGAUUCUAUAUAAGCAACAU